AAAACGAUUGCGCUUCGCUUCUCUUUUGGAAUUUAUGGUACUGUAACAAGGCUUGCUUUUGUGUUACCGCGUCGUAAUGUUGUAAAAUAUCCUCGAGAAACACAUCAACAAUGUGCGAUUAACGUUUCUAUCGCAACAAUAAGCUGUUUACGCGAUUUUGGUAGCACAGCAUCGCGUUUUAUGGAUCAAUAUUGUGGAGAGAGCUAUGUGCGUAUAGCGUCUUGGUAGCGUCUGUCGGGUGUACAAAUGGAGGCGAAAUCCGGCGUCGGUAUACAAGACCAUUGGAUGAAAAGUAUGAUGGAACCGGCUGGCAGCGACAAAGACAAUCGUUCGUCAGUAAAACGCGAAAAAAUGGCGGAGAGUUACAACGGUGCUGAAACUGUGACUUAUGAACUGAAACAACAGCAAAACGAGCCAUCGUAUAGAUGUGAUGUGUGCGAUUUAGCGUUCGAAGGCAUGGAGUAUUUGAUUUUGCAUAAAAAGUUCCACGGUAACGACAAAGAUGCGCCGAUUAUGGAGCCAGAGCCUCCGGCAGCGAAAGAGGGGCCGAAAAAACGUCGCAAAUUCAAAUGCGACCAGUGCGACGUGAAAGUGAACUCACAGUAUCAUCUGGACAUACAUAGAAGUAAGCACGAAGGCGCAGCGUCCAAAAAGUACGUUUGCGAAGUCUGUGACCGCAGUUUUGUGGCUGCACAGUUUCUAAAAAGCCACAUGCAGACUCAUUCAUCAACAAGUACUAUAAAUUGCGAGAUUUGCGGCAAAAACUUCACUGGGCAAGCUUAUUUGAAGCUUCAUAUGCAGCUACACAACGAUAUAAAGAAGUUCAAAUGCUCGAAGUGCGAUGAAAUGUUCCCAACUAAAAACUGCCUUAAAAUACACAUGAAAAAGCACACUAAAGUAAAAAAUUUCAAAUGUGACUACUGUCAUAAGCUCUUUGUGUCCAAAAUAACGAUGGAGAAGCACAGACAGACACACGAGGGCCAGCCGGUCGAUUGUCACGUGAAAUGCACGCAGUGUGAUCGUACGAUGCACUCAUCGUUGCUCAGAACACACAUCUCCCGUGCUCAUCCAUCAACAAUAUGUGACGAUGUGAAGAGACCGUACAAGUGUUCAACAUGCGGUAAGAGUUUCAUCGUGAAAAUCAACCUGAACCUCCACAUAAGAGUAUGUCACCCAGAUCUCGCUGAACCCGAGGAAGACGAAGAAGACGUUAUGACCGACAACUCUUAGUCUACAUUAUAUUCUCAUGUAUUAUUACGGAUAGUUAUACUUUUUUAUGCCCGGUUGAGUUAACUGCGAACCUGGCAGCCGUGACGUCACACCGCUCUGGUACGGAAGGGUAGGUGUGAGGGAGAGUCGCAUUCCAAUGAGGUACGCAGUUAGCUCAGGUUGUAGACGUCUAUAGAGACUUAUUGUUGCCUUAACUCCAUGUUUUCAUUGAAUUUAUAAUAAACAACCUAUAGCCAAUAUGUAACGUUUAAUUACUAACAAACUCCACAACUGAAGUAUUAGACAAAUAUUGUUGCCUGAACUUGUUUGAAUUAAGUUUUAAGAAUAAAUAAUCUUUAGACAA